AUGGUUCUUGAUCAGUCUAUUCCUUCCCAGUUUCCUCAGAGGUCUCAUACAUUCGCAUCUCCAAAUGAUUUAAUCACAAAUGAUGAAUUUGAAAACCAAUCAAUGAAUAGAGUAAUCAGUGCAGCUACUGAACCUGCUCCACAAACAGUUAACAAUUCAUCCUCGUUAAAUGUUGAUAAAGAUGAACAAGAUCCCAAAAAGACACAUAGAUACGCAAGAGCACAAACUGCUCCUGGUAAAAUCACAGACAAGUAUAGAAUACCCGAACAUUUAUUAGAGAAAAAACCAACAGUCAAGAAAGAGGCUUCAUUUUUCUUCACUGUUGUUAAAUAUUUUGAUACUUUAAAAGAUCAAGCUGUUGAUAAAACAUUUGAAAGAACUGAUAGAUUUUUCCAUUGGUGGUGGAAUUUAAAAUAUAUUAAAUGGUCAAGUGAUAAAUAUAAAGAAUGUGAACAAAUCUUCAUUUUGGGUUUUUUUUUACAAGUUUUAAGAUGUGCUUUAGAUACAAGAACUGUUAUCUUCUUACCAUUUUUCCCAGCUGGGAUUGUUUGUUAUGAAAGAAAAGAAGAUAUCCUUGCGGUUGUGUUUUUGUUUUUAGCAUUGAUGUAUUUUGCAAAAGUGUUGAGUAAUACCACUGAAUAUGCAGCUGAACAUUUUGGACCUGUUUUAGGUUCUUUAUUAAAUGCAACUUUUGGUAAUUUGGUUGAAUUGAUCAUUUCUGGAACAACUGUCUCAAAAGAAGAUGCAACUUUAACAAUCACUUCAUUAAUCGGAAGUGUGAUAUCAAAUAAUUUGUUUGUUACUGGUUCAUGUUGCUUUUUCGGUGGGUUAGAAGGUAAGCCACUUUAUAAUAAGAAAUCCAUCACAAGUCAUUUGUUAUUUUUCGUUUGUAUCACCAUUUUAUUAACAAUGAUGUCUGUUGUCAAUGAUAUUGAUUAUAAAAUCAGUGAUAAAUUCAAAAUGGAUACUUCACAAAUUGGUGCAUCUUUAAUCUUUGUUAAUUAUAUUGUUUAUUUAACAAUGAAUACCAAUGAAGAGUUCAAAUAUCUCAAAAUUAAAAAAGCCAGAGAUGAAGAAGAACGUGUUUUAAAUCCCUCAAGUGAUGAUGAAAGUGAUGAUGAUAGUAGCUCUUCAAGUUCAAGUGAAUCAAUGGAGGAAAUUCCAUCCAAAAUGGUUUGUUUUGGUGCUUUAGCAUUAUCAAUUGCAGGGUUAGGCCCCUGUGCAAAUUUCUUUGUUGAGUCAUUAAAAGAUCUAACUGAUGAUAAACCAAUCUCCAAAGUGUUUAUUGGGUUAAUCAUCCUACCAUUAGCCGGAUCUUUACCUGAGCAUAUCUCAUCAGUUAUAAGUGCACACAAGGGGAAGUUAGAUUUAGCCAUCAACCUAAGUAUUGGUAGUAGUAACCAGGUUCUAGGUCUUGUCUUGCCAAUAAUUCAAUUCAUCAGUUCACAUUAUCCUCAAACCAAGUUUAGUUUAUAUUUUGAAGAUUAUGUUGCAGCUUAUCUCUUUGGAACAGCAUUUAUAUCAUCACUUUGUAUCCUGAAUGGGCUAGUCUAUGGUGUGAAUGUCUACCACGGUGUUAUUUGCAUGUCCACUUUUGUGUUUAUCAUUUAUCUGACAUUUGCCAAUGAUCAAUAG